AUGCCUCCGAAAGGAAAGGCAAGGGCGCGAACCUUUAACACAACGACCUCGAACUCGAAACCUUCCUCCACCGCCAGCCUUGAACCUCCAGCCCCAUUCAAACGAACCCCCGAAAGUCUCUCUCCUUUCCUCUCCAAGCUCGACCCAAAGCACAUCUACAUCACCCACCUCGACCUCAAGCCCGCCGAUUUCAAGCGCAAAAUUUUCCUCGUCCCAGUUCUCAUGAACCUUACCAUCAUUGGGCUAAUAGUAUGGCGUAUGCGAUCGAUCUGGCCCUUCUACCUGAACAUACUUUUCACCAUGGUAGGAAGACGCAACGAAAUGACAAUCGACACGGAGAAUACGCCAUUCAACGAAGUGGUACAGGAGAUUAUCAGAAGAGCAGUGGUCUUCAUGUUCGAUUUGUUUCUGUACGUGUUCAUAUGGCCGUGGCCGAGGGAUUUCUUUGCAGGUAGGAAGAUUGGGAACCCGGUUACAUGGAGGUUCAUUGUGGGAUUUAGUGAUAAGGAGAUUAUCGUUCGGAGGAGUAGGAGGUGGGAUGAAACUAUUGGAAAUCCAGUUGAGGAAGGAUCUGGUCAGGAUGAGAUUAUGAGUAUUAUCAAGAAGGCCGUGGACCCGGUAUGGAUGAGUGGGAGGACGGGGUAUCUGAUGCUGAAUAAGGAAUGGGAUCUCGAUUGGAAGGCUAUGGUUGCCGCUACGAAACUCGCGGACAAGGGAACUCUAUCGUUCGAGGAUUUCAGAACGACCAUACUUGUACCCACAGAAGAGUUUGGCUGGGUCGUCCUCGAGGCUGCAAGUGCUGGAGGGAGUGCAAAGGAAGAGGAAGGCAGAAAGAAGAUAGUGGCUUUCAAAGAUGAAUUGACAGCAAUGGGGAAAGAGAAUCUCUUCUUCCGAUGGAUCGAGCUGGUUCAGUUCGAGUCGUCCCAGCCUGGAGGGUUCGGACCGGAGCAACAAAAGAAAACGAUGGCGAAAGCUAAAGAACUGUUCGAGUCCCAAGGAGUGGACUUUGACAAGUUCUGGGCAAAAAUAGGAGGCACGGAAGGUAUGCCAGGAAUGGACCAGAUGUAG